AUGAUAGGCGGGGGUGAAAAGUCAACAACGAGCAGCUACUUUUCCUCCCUUAAGUACGAAAUCAACCGCUUGACUAAAAUGGUGUAUCGUAAAGAGCAGCAAAAGAACUUUGACCAUCCUGGCCAGUGUACAGGUAAUGUGGGUUAAUUGUUUACCUUGAUCAUGUUUUGCAUGGAUUUAGGUAACAGUUAAAUAGUGCUGUGUCUACUUAGUGUAUCCCAUGCAUGAGCAAUCUAUAGGCCGCUGAUUUCCACCUUCAGUUGGAAGGUUGCAGUUCUUAAUAACCUCAUGAAACUCACAUACCGAUUUGAAUUGUUCUUGUUAUUAAAAAUUAGGUGAGAAAAUGGGGGUAGAAUAUCUCUACAGCCAGACAGGGAAGACUUGGUCUUCAGAUGUCAGUCGUCUUGAUCCAGAUGAACCUGAUGAACUGACUGAUGAGUUGACUGAUGACUCCCUAGAUGAAGGUUUUGUAGAGAGUGAAGAGGUGGAUCCCACUGUUGGUGACCUAGAGCCAUCUUCUACAGAUCAGCAGCCCUCAAGUGCAAUCACUCGUAUUUUACACAAUUGAAAUUAGUGCUAAUCUGUGAUUAUUUGAGUUACAAGACAGUCUUUCCCUUGAAAUCUUUGUUUUAAUUCGGGCAUUUUCAAUAUUGUUUUGGUUCUUCUUCUUUCUAGCUCAGUCAUCAAGCCAAGAAGACAGCUCCACUAGAAAUGAAGAACCACCAAGAACUGAUAUACACGUACCUUCCGACACUGAUGACACUUCUGAUACUGAGUUGCAGGUAAGAAUACAUGUUGUAUGAGUCAGAAAUUAUUUUUAGCCUGGCCAAUAUUGACUUUAUUAUACCUACAAAAUCAUUAUUAUACCUUCUGUGUCUUCUAAUCUCUCCUGUUUCCUGUAGGAGACAGUUGGUCCUCUUGGAAUUCUUGUUUGGGAGCAGAUCCAGCAGCUUACCAAUGCACUCUUUGAGCUACGAGAUUGCACUGCCCUAACAGAA